AAACUUCCACGCAAAAUCCACCUCCAAAUCAUUUCAAAGCCAACCUCCAUGCCUAUAAGAACCCCACAUAUUAUAAAAACAUGUAAUUCUGUAAAUCUUCCUCAUAUAUAUACACGAUAUUGCCUCUACCAAUUUCAAGCAAGAGCAAUGAAACCAAGCAAUAAUCCCUCAAAGCCUAAGACUGUCUCGCCUCCCCCACCUUUCGUGAAGAAGUUCCCUGAAGGGCAAUGGACCUCUGGCCUAUGCGAUUGUUUUGAAGAUCCCUCUAACUGUCUCAUCACCUGCUGCUGUCCAUGCAUCACCUUUGGGCAAAUAGCCGAGAUUAUUGACACGGGGAAUACAUCAUGUGGGCUUGCUGGACUCCUGUACUAUGCGACGGCCUCAAUUGGUUGCGGAUGGCUAUAUGCAUGUACUUACCGAUCUAAACUGCGGGGACUCUUUUCGCUACCAGAAGCUCCCUGUGCCGAUUGGUUGGUGCAAUGUUGCUGUUGUGCUUGUUCUUUGUGUCAGGAGUAUAGAGAACUCAAGAAUCGCGGUGCCGAUCCUUCCAUGGGUUGGCAAGCAAAUGUCGACAAGUGGAGCCGGGAGAAACUCCAGCCGCCGUUUGUUGCACUGGUCAUGGAUCGCUAAAAGCUAGGUCUACGCUCAGAAUUUGAAAAACCUUUGAUAUAAAGCUUCUUAUAUGUUCCUGAUUCCUUUGAUAUAAACAUUCUUAUCUGUUCCUGAUUCCUUUGACAUAAACCUUCAUGUGCUUAUAUGUUCCUAAUUGUAAUCAUGCAAAUUAAUUUGAUAUUAUGUUUGAGAAUUUUGAUUUAAAGUGUGAAGGUGAAUAUAAAUGGGCUAGAGGCUAGAAUCUAUAAUUAUAUGAAAUUUGGAAUUACUUGAAUUUGGGUUAAUUAUUGUCAAAAUCUUAGAAUUAAUCAAUUAGUUAGUUGAUAUUUUAUCUUUA